AAAGAGACAUUGUCUCGAAACUGCAGCCGGACCAAAAAGCAGACCAAAUACAGCACGACAAAAUAACUGAUGAUACGUCACAUUAAUCUUACCAAAGCAGCGAAACAAAAUAUAACGUUUUAGCGAUUUAACUUUAAGGUCCCGUUCUUUCUGUAAACAAACGUAUAUUUGAAUGUUGGCGCCUCUCGAUGACGUAAAUCUGGUCACGUGGUUUGAAAGUCAACCACGACCGGCCGCUCAGGAAAAUGUGCUGGCCAAUCGGAUGUUGAAACUGAGCGUAAAAGGAAGUACCAUUGAUCAAAACUCCGGCGAACCGCAAAGUUGAGCAAACGAGAGGAAAAAAUAACUGCGAAAUACACGUUACAUUGCAUGCAAUUAACCACAACGAACCAAAAGAAUGCACCUUUUAAGGUCUUCGGAUAGUUUCUCUUUUGAUGCCUCGCAAAAGCUCAAAGACUGCGAAGCCUCCGUUGCUGUUCGCCGAACCGCCCGUAUGCGGCGCUAGACUCCUAUCCAGUCCUGAAGUCCGGGCUGCUUUGCAUCCCAAAGCGUUCUUCCCUGAGGCGCAAGCACGGAGCAACCUCAGCUCCUGGGUAAACCCACAGUUUGACACGUCAACGGAGGCCGCAGCUCCCACGGUGAGACGCGGCCGUCACAGGAGGUGCAUCUUGGACAAGAGCACGCGGGACACUUGCAGCCAGGUGUCCAAGAAGACCAUCGGCAAGUUCCCCCCGCUGUUGUUCCAGUCUAACGGGCACACUCAACAUCACCAGGCGAAGGCGUUUCCCAUGAGUCGCAAGCACUCUGGAGGACGUAGCUUGAAAAGUGUGGCAUGUCAACAGGAUGCACCAAAAAGGCGAAUCCUGAAGAAUCAGGACAAUGGCGCCUCUUGUUUUUCUUCCUCCAAUCUGCCAAUCGAAGAGGGAACCUCCAUCUGGGCGCCACCUAAUGUGGACACCCCAAAAGUACCACUACAAGGUGCUUGUGCCUCCUCUUCCACCUCCUUUUCCUCUUCUUGUUCUGCACUUUGGCUCCUCGCCCAGCCAUUCACACCCCCACGCUGUCAGCCGCCUGACAUGCUGGUACCGGACACGCCCGAACGCUACUACAACCUGAAAGUGACCUGGAGGAGGCGGACGUGGUUGAUGGCCAUGUUGGAGGAGAGAAAACAGCUGGCGGAAUGCAACAAGCUCAUCACCAGCUAAUACUGACACAUGUUAACACUUCUGUUGACGUGUAAGACAUCCGUCCCCGAUGAUUUUCCAGAGCACUCGGCUGAGCUGGAGCCCACCCAAGAAGGGCAUUGUCCAAUCGCAUGGGGAACACGUGGACAGACGAGCAUGGACACUCAUAUGCGCAGAAAUUGUACAAUUUAGGGUCUUCAAAAAAGCCAAGAGGCUUAUUUUGGAAUAUGGGGAAAAAAGCGCCCUACCUAGAGAAACCACAAUCUAACAUUUCGCAGUGUGUUUAGUAUUUUCUGGAGGGGGUCCCAUUUUGACAUCAUCAUGAACUGAGGCAGCCCUGGUUGUGUUCCCUGCAUGCAUACAAUUUUGUCAAACGAAUCAUGACUUGUGUAUGGUAGAUGUUUCAGAAAUACUUUUGAUGUAGUUUCCCUUGUAUUAUGUUGAAUAAAAGCAAUUAUGGACCACCAACGGUGUCCAUUUGAUGUUCAAACGAUGCAUAGCAGUACGCUGCAGAGGCGCGCUUACUCUCAAAUCACUUGCAAACGUUUUAUGUGUCUCGCGGCGUCAAAACGUACACUUUGUGACUGAGAAAACAAACGCGACGAAAACUCGCGCAGACGAACUACACUCGCCCACUUCCGCAGCAGCAACCAAUCACACGCGGCCUAGCUGAGCCAUCCGCCAAUGUGGGCGCGCCUUGUUAGCGCGUGCGGUAACUAGGGACGGGCUGGCUCCUCGGCGAAAAAACGUCUGCGCGAAGAUCUCCCUUAGCAACCGCGGAUAAACAUGAGUUACUACAGCAUCAGGUAAGAAGAAACCACUUUUUUGCUCACCUUUUAUGUGUUUCCCGAGCAAGAGGAAAGUCGCCAUGGCUACGGCGUACUUUUUGUCACGCGACAAAAGAGGCAAGCGUAACUUUUGAGACGACUUGGGCCAAAGCUACGUGCUAACGGUAAAGAACCAGCUAUAACGUCCCGUGGCGAUUAAAACUUUCGCGGCCAACGUUUGGGAACUUAAGUGAAGACGACAAGCCCACUACGUAAAUGCAAGUGCGUGGUGUCUAACUGUGUUGUUUAUUUUUUAACUUAAUUUGCCGUGUUGGAUAUAACGUUGCAAAAGUGUUUUUUUUUUCAUGAACGACAUUGUACUUAAAUGAGUCAUGCCAAAGAGGGGGUGGGGGUGUACUAGUUGAUGCAUGUUUGAGCUCUCGCGCCUGCUGUGUUUAGUUUCCAAGUGCGUUCCUGUGAAGCAGUGUCUCUCACACCCAGACCCGCGCACGCACGCACGCACGUACGCGCACACACACUCUAA